GUGGUAGUCAACGCCCUGGUGGGAGCCAUCCCCUCCAUUAUGAAUGUGUUGCUGGUUUGCCUCAUCUUUUGGCUGAUUUUCAGUAUCAUGGGAGUCAACUUGUUUGCGGGCAAGUACUACUACUGUUUCAACCAGACAGCAGAGGAGUACUUUCAUGCCAGCGAGGUCAACAACAAGACACAGUGCAUGGCCCUCAUUGGACAGAAUUUCACUGAGGUCAGGUGGAAGAAUGUCAAGAUCAACUUUGACAAUGUUGGCGCCGGAUACCUGGCUCUGCUUCAAGUGGUGAGAGUGUCUCUGUCUCUGUCUCUGUCUCUGUCUCUCUCUCUCUCUCUCUCUCUCUCUCUCUCUCUCUCUCUCUCUCUCUCUCUCUCUCUCUCUCUCUCUCUCUCUUCUCUCUCUCUCUAUCUCUUUAUACUUCUUCUCUCUAUCUAUUCUCUCUUUGUCUCUCUCUCUCUCUCUGUCUUGCUCUCUUGAUCUCUCGCUCUCUCUCUCUGUCUCUCUCUCUCUGUCUCUCUCUCUCUGUCUCUCUCUCUCUCUCUCUCUCUCUCUCUCUUUCUCUCCCUCUCUCUCUCUCUCUCUCUCUCUCUCUCUCUGUCUUGCUCUCUUGCGCUCUCGCUCUCUCUCUCUCUCUCUCUCUCUCUCUCUCUCUCUCUCUCUAUCUCUCUCUGUCUCUGUCUCUCUUGCUCUCGCUCUCUCUCGCUACACAUUUCUGUUUUUCCACAUGUCCACAUUUAUGUUUUGUCCACAUGUCCACAUUUCUGUUUUGUCCACAUUUCUGUUUUUCCACAUGUCCACAUUUCUGUUUUGUUCACAUUUAUGUUAUGUCCACAUGUCCACAUUUCUGUUUUGUCCACAUUUCUGUUUUGUCCACAUUUCUGUUAUGUCCACAUGUCCAUAUUUCUGUUUUGUCCACAUUUCUGUUUUGUCCACAUGUCCACAUUUCUGUUUCACAUUUCUGUUUUGUCCACAUGUCCACAUUUCUGUUUUGUCCACAUGUUCACAUUUCUGUUAUGUCCACAUGUCCACAUUUCUGUUAUGUCCACAUGUCCACAUUUCUGUUUUGUCCACAUGUCCACAUUUAUGUUUCACAUUUCUGUUUUGUCCACAUGUCCACAUUUCUGUUUCACAUUUCUGUUUUGUCGACAUGUCCACAUUUCUGUUUCACAUUUCUGUUUUGUCCACAUUACUGUUUUGUUCACAUUUCUGUUAUGUCCACAUUUCUGUUUUGUCCACAUGUCCACAUUUCUGUUUUGUCCACAUUUCUGUUUUGUCCACAUGUCCACAUUUCUGUUUUGUCCACAUUUCUGUUUUGUCCACAUGUCCACAUUUCUGUUUUGUCCACAUGUCCACAUUUCUGUUUUGUCCACAUGUCUACAUUUCUGUUUCACAUUUCUGUUUUGUCCACAUUUCUGUUUUGUCCACAUUUCUGUUUGUCCACAUGUCCACAUUUCUGUUUCACAUUUCUGUUUUGUCCACAUUUCUGUUUCACAUUUCUGUUUUGUCCACAUGUUCACAUUUCUGUUAUGUCCACAUGUCCACAUUUCUGUUUUUCCACAUGUCCACAUGUCUGUUUUGUCCACAUGUCCACAUUUCUGUUAUGUCCACAUGUCCACAUUUCUGUUUUGUCCACAUGUCCACAUUUCUGUUUUGUCCACAUGUCUACAUUUCUGUUUCACAUUUCUGUUUUGUCCACAUUUCUGUUUUGUCCACAUUUCUGUUUGUCCACAUGUCCACAUUUCUGUUUCACAUUUCUGUUUUGUCCACAUUUCUGUUUCACAUUUCUGUUUUGUCCACAUGUUCACAUUUCUGUUAUGUCCACAUGUCCACAUUUCUGUUUUUCCACAUGUCCACAUGUCUGUUUUGUCCACAUGUCCACAUUUCUGUUAUGUCCACAUGUCCACAUUUCUGUUUUUCCACAUGUCCACAUUUCUGUUUUUCCACAUGUUCACAUUUUUGUUAUGUCCACAUGUCCACAUUUCUGUUAUGUCCACAUUUCUGUUUUGUCCACAUUUCUGUUUCACAUUUCUGUUUUGUCCACAUGUCCACAUUUCUGUUUCACAUUUCUGUUUUGUCCACAUGUCCACAUUUCUGUUUCACAUUUCUGUUUUGUCGACAUGUCCACAUUUCUGUUUCACAUUUCUAUUUUGUCCACAUGUUCACAUUUCUGUUAUGUCCACAUGUCCACAUUUCUGUUUUGUCCACAUUUCUGUUUUGUCCACCUUUCUGUUAUGUCCACAUGUCCACAUUUCUGUUUUUCCACAUGUCCACAUUUCUGUUUUUCCACAUGUUCACAUUUCUGUUUUUCCACAUGUCCACAUUUCUGUUUUUCCACAUGUCCACAUUUCUGUUUUUCCACAUGUCCACAUUUCUGUUUUGUCCACAUGUCCACAUUUCUGUUUUGUCCACCUUUCUGUUAUGUCCACAUGUCCACAUUUCUGUUUUUCCACAUGUCCACAUUUCUGUUUUUCCACAUGUUCACAUUUCUGUUUUUCCACAUGUUCACAUUUCUGUUUUUCCACAUGUUCACAUUUCUGUUUUUCCACAUGUUCACAUUUCUGUUUUUCCACAUGUCCACAUUUCUGUUUUUCCACAUGUCCACAUUUCUGUUUUGUCCACCUUUCUGUUAUGUCCACAUGUCCACAUUUCUGUUAUGUCCACAUGUCCACAUUUCUGUUCUUCCACAUGUCCACAUUUCUGUUUUUCCACAUGUCCACAUUUCUGUUUUUCCACAUGUCCACAUUUCUGUUUUUCCACAUGUUCACAUUUCUGUUUUUCCACAUGUUCACAUUUCUGUUUUGUCCACCUUUCUGUUAUGUCCACAUGUCCACAUUUCUGUUUUUCCACAUGUCCACAUUUCUGUUUUGUCCACCUUUCUGUUAUGUCCACAUGUCCACAUUUCUGUUUUUCCACAUGUCCACAUUUCUGUUUUUCCACAUGUUCACAUUUCUGUUUUUCCACAUGUUCACAUUUCUGUUAUGUCCACAUGUCCACAUUUCUGUUUUUCCACAUGUCCACAUUUCUGUUUUUCCACAUGUCCACAUUUCUGUUUUUCCACAUGUUCACAUUUCUGUUUUGUCCACAUGUCCACAUUUCUGUUUUGUCCACAUGUCCACAUUUCUGUUUUGUCCACAUGUCCACAUUUCUGUUUCACAUUUCUGUUUUGUCCACAUUUCUGUUUUGUCCACAUGUCCACAUUUCUGUUUCACUUUUCUGUUUUGUCCACAUUUCUGUUUUGUCCACAUGUCCACAUUUCUGUUUUGUCCACAUGUUCACAUUUCUGUUAUGUCCACAUGUCCACAUUUCUGUUUUUCCACAUGUCCACAUUUCUGUUUUUCCACAUGUCCACAUUUCUGUUUUUCCACAUGUUCACAUUUAUGUUUUGUCCACAUGUCCACAUUUCUGUUUUGUCCACAUGUCCACAUUUCUGUUUUGUCCACAUGUCCACAUUUCUGUUUCACAUUUCUGUUUUGUCCACAUUUCUGUUUUGUCCACAUUUCUGUUUUGUCCACAUGUCCACAUUUCUGUUUCACAUUUCUGUUUUGUCCACAUUUCUGUUUUGUCCACAUGUCCACAUUUCUGUUUUGUCCACAUGUUCACAUUUCUGUUAUGUCCACAUGUCCACAUUUCUGUUUUUCCACAUGUCCACAUUUCUGGUAUGUCCACAUGUCCACAUUUCUGUUUUGUCCACAUGUCCACAUUUCUGUUUUGUCCACAUGUUCACAUUUCUGUUUUGUCCACAUGUCCACAUUUCUGGUAUGUCCACAUGUCCACAUUUAUGUUUUUCCACAUGUCCACAUUUCUGUUUUGUCCACAUGUUCACAUUUCUGUUUUGUCCACAUGUCCACAUUUCUGUUUUGUCCACAUUUCUGUUUUGUCCACAUGUUCACAUUUCUGUUAUGUCCACAUUUCUGUUAUGUCCACAUGUCCACAUUUCUGUUUUGUCCACAUGUCUGUUUUGUCCACAUGUCCACAUUUCUGUUUCACAUUUCUGUUUUGUCCAAAUGUCCACAUGUCUGUUUUGUCCACAUUUCUGUUUCACAUUUCUGUUUUGUCGACACAUCCACAUUUCUGUUUCACAUUUCUGUUAUGUCCACAUGUCCAUAUUUCUGUUUUGUCCACAUGUCCACAUUUCUGUUAUGUCCACAUGUUCACAUUUCCUUUCCUUCUCCAGGACACACAUCAAAUGUGGGUUUGAGUUAGAUUUUUUUUCUUCAUAUGCUGUAUAUAUAUAUAUUAAAAUGAGACUUUACAUUUUAUAUCAUUUUUUUUGUUGGUGUUUUGAAUAUUAUAAGUUAAUCGUAUCUCUUUGUCUCCAAAGGCGACAUUCAAAGGCUGGAUGGACAUCAUGUACGCAGCCAUAGACUCCAGAAGGGUGGAGGACCAGCCCAUCUAUGAAGACAACAUCUACAUGUACAUCUACUUCGUCAUCUUCAUCAUCUUUGGCUCCUUCUUCACCCUCAACCUCUUCAUCGGUGUCAUCAUUGACAACUUCAACCAACAGAAGAAAAAGAUAAGACCUAUUUUCUUACCUCCUCCUCCCCUGUCUCUUUUUGCUAAAUCCUAUUAUACGCCUUGUUGUAUAACAUAGAGGCUCAAACAUGCUUAUAACAAGUUUUAAAGCAUUAUUCCUGUAUAUAAAGUGUUACGCUCAAUGACAUUUGAAAGCAGGGUUGUGGUCCAUUCCAUUUCAAUUUCAGUUAGUUCAGGAAGUACACUGAAAUUCCAAUUCCAUUUCUCUUCAAUGCUUUUCAAUUAGGAAAAUUUGGAAUUUAGGGUUGGGGUUGGGGUUAGUGUUAGGGUUGGGGCUAAGGUUGGGGUUAGGGUUAGGGUUGGGGUUGGGGUUAGGGUUGGGGUUAGGGUUGGGGUUAGGGUUAGGGUUGGGGUUGGGGUUGAUUGUCCCUAUUCUUUAGCAUUAGGGCGUUUCCCAAGCUCGGUACUCGGGACCCCAAGGGGUGCACGUUAUGUUUUUUUGCCCUAGCACUACACAGCUGAUUCAAAUGAUGAUUAGUUGAUUAUUUGAAUCAGCUGUGUAGUGCUAGGGCAAAAAAAACUAAACGUGUACCCCUUGGGGUCCUGAGGACCGAGUUUGGGAAACCCUGGGUUAGGGUUGGUUGUAACCAAAUGUUUGUGUGUCCCUAUACUUUGGAGGUCAGGACAUCUUUAUGACAGAGGAACAGAAGAAGUACUACAACGCCAUGAAGAAACUGGGUUCAAAGAAGCCCCAGAAACCCAUUCCCAGACCACAGGUUGGCUGUUGCUCCCUGCCUUUAUUAGCCUGGCUUUUUCAUGGACUUUUAUUGGCAAUAAAAUUCACUCCAUAUUUGUUUAUCCAGCUCAACACAUAGAGUAUGGGACCAGGCUAGGUCUUUAUGGUGUUGAACACUGCCACACACAGGAGGCUGCUGAUGGGAGAACGGCUCAUAAUAAUGGCCGGAAUGGAGUCAAUGGAAUGUCACCAAACACAUGGAAACCAUGGAUUUGAUGUAUUUGAUACCAUUCCACAUAUUCCGCUCCAGCCAUUUCCACGAGCCCGUCCUAAGGCGCCACCAACCUCCUGUGCUGCCACAACAUAUUGAAAUCAGUAUUUUCAGUAUUUCAUUGUUGACGUAACACUUUGUAUUAUGUUAACACUGAAAUAUUAAUUUCAAUCGAUUGUGGUAGUGUUUCCUUGCGAUUAACAAAAUGUGUGCUGUUGUUGUUGUUGUUGUUCUUGUGUCUGUCUGUGUGUGUAUGUCUCUGCAUGCGUACGUGUGUGUGUGUGUGUGUGUGUGUGUGUGUGUGUGUGUGUGUGUGUGUGUGCAUGGUGCCCUGUUGUUGUCGCCUUGUCUCCACAGAACAAGAUCCAAGGGUUGGUGUUUGACUUUGUGACCCAGCAAGUCUUUGACAUCUCCAUUAUGAUGCUGAUCUGCCUCAACAUGGUCACCAUGAUGGUGGAGACAGACGACCAGUCGGAGGAGACGGAGAACAUCCUCUAUUGGGUUAACUUCAUCUUCAUCGUGGCGUUCACCACCGAGUUCGUCCUGAAACUCUUCGCCCUGCGCCACUACUACUUCACCAAUGGCUGGAACGUGUUCGACACGGUUGUGGUCAUCCUGUCCAUUGCGGGUGAGUGGAGUGAGGCAGUGUCUAAAAAUGGCACCCUAUUCCCUAUAGAGUACACUACUUUUUGACCAGGACUCAUAGGUCACUGGUCAAAAGUAGGUCAAUGUAUUGGGAAUAGGGUGCCAUUUCAGGUGCAUACUGUACAAAUCCAUAGAAAGCCUCCAUAGACUCAGCCAGACUUCGAUUUCUCUGCUGAGUACUCUUUCAUACACAGUAUAUUUGGGAUUUCAGAAAGCAGCUUUUCUGUCAAACAGAUCAAUAAAUUACAGGUGUCAUUUGAUCACUCUUUUUUGUUGCUGAGAAUUUUCCUGCGCUGCAGGAAAUGCAGAUGAGCUUUGUGAUUUACAUAAAUUCACCUUAAACCCACACUUACACACGGUUAUAUUAACAGUAUCGCACUUUUCACGUAGCCGUAUUUUGGUCAGCUAAUAGCCUAACCACCGAUUUAAGCAACAUUAUGGACUAAACUUUCAAAUCCUGUUGUCGCAGGGAUAUUUUGCUGCAACAAUAUUGGUCAAAUUAAGAUCCUACAUCUGUACUAUCACUAUUCCAAAAACUGUAGAAGGGGAGAGACAUCUUUAAGGUAGACAUUGGGUUGAGUCUAGGCUGUUGCAGUGACUGUAUUACCACCACACCAGCAGUCAUGAGUCAUGACUGCAGUAAAAUUCCAUGUGACCUUUGAGACACAGUAAUCUGUAGUAGUAACCAAUUUGCUAACUACCAUCAGGUCCUAAUGGCCUGGUACUCAGGGCUCUAUUGUCCCUCUAACCACUCUGGCAUCAAUGCAAAUGCAGUCGAAAAUCACAUCAAACACUUAUCAUCAAAACAGUAGGCCUAUAGUACUUCUAAAACUCUUACUGUGAUGAUCAAUUUGAAGAAAGAAGUUCAACAGAAUGUUAAAACAGUGGUGAACAUGGUUAUUGUGGAUGUUGUUUCAAAGCCUAACACAAUGAAAUGGACAACGCUUUCUAAGGUGAUGGUUAAUUCCAAACACCCAUACCAUAUUAUAGUUUAUGCAUAUGCAUAGGCUUAUGAGCCCAAGCCUGAAAGAAAAACCUGAAUAAAAAUUCUGAUUGUGCCAUUAUACAAUACAUAGUCUCCUGUAGCUCAGUUGGUAGACCAUGGCGCUUGCAACGCCAGGGUUGUGGGUUUGAUUCCCACGGGGGGCCAGUAUGAAAAAUGUAUGCACUCACUAACUGUAAGUCGUUCUGGAUAAGAGCAUCUGCUAAAUGACUAAAAUGUAAAUAGCCUACCGCAUAUUACAAAUGGCAGAAAAACAUAAAACAAAACUGAUUUAAGAUGUCUAUGGUACAUAAAUGGUCUAGCCUAUAAUCCAAAAUUAAACUAAUUCGAGUAAUGGCCUGAGUGAGUACUGUAUUAUUAUGCAUACUGGAUCGACUGGUUAGCUUAUGCUAGGCUCCAAAAUGUAUAUCCAUGAGUCUGGGAGAUAACGUAUAGCCCUAGGCGAUGCUGUUGGUUCGUUGAUUGUGCAAGGCGGCUUACAGGUAGCCUAUGAUUAUAGUGAAUUUGUAUUGAUUUUGAAUAGCCUAGUAAUAGGGAUUUUUUAAAAACAUUUUCAUAAUAAAUUGGGUGACACAUUACCUUUAGCUAUACAGAAUAUGUUACCACCAUUCGUUUCCAUUUCCUCCUCUCCCUCCUUUAUUCCUUUCUCGAGCACGCAGACGGGCUGUCAACAAUUUAGUGAAAUAUGUUUACUUGCAAAAACAAAUUACUAUCGAUGUUCCCGAACAGAUUUCCCUUGGUUUCCCAAAUUAAGCACUGGGUAGCUGCAGGAACAAUGUUGGAGAGCCCAUGGCAUGCAGACUUUGGGCGGAAUAUCACCUGUCAGGCAGCGAGAGUAUGCUCCUCAAACAGUUGAUGCGUGGAGUGAAAUAAGUGUUCUUGUAUUUAUUUCUCAAAGCACAUGCUCCUCUAUAAAACCGAAGUAGCCUACAAAAUGGACCGGCAGAAAGCGCGUGGCCUCCAUUCGCUAUUGGAGUGCAUACGGAUGACAUGUAUUUUUCCCCCGCCACUGUUCCUGCCCAUUUGAAAAUGGGCUAUUCUAAAUCGAAAUAAAUUGUACAUAUAAAUAUAGACAAGAUUAAAUUGAGAAUAGUCUGAUGGGUGAAAAUAUGAUCACUUGAUGAGAAAACAGCUGUGCAGCCUGACGCAAGGAACAGAGCGCCACUUUCUUUUGCUACUGUCUUAAAUCGUCAAUAGCCUAUAGUCGCACCAUGCAGCCCAUAUAUGUUUUCAUUUCUAAGACAUUCUAAGGUUUGUAUCGUUCACAACUAAAGUUGCCAAAUAACUCUAAAUCUAGCAUAUACUGUAGGACCUGUUUCAAAUGAUAACUUUUACGAUCAACAUAGCUACUUAAUAUGCUAACUCACAGGGACAUAGAUAACAUAGGCCUACAGUAGGCCAACUCAUAUUCUGUUCUUCUGAAAUACAUUUUCUUCAUAUCAUAAUGUUUCUUUAGACCGGACUAAAAUAAAUAAUGGAUGUAUUGUGGUGUAUAUUAAUUUUUUUUAUUAUACUUUUUUUAAUGUAGAUAUUCCAAAGGCGCCCAUCAGCGGCUUGUAUACGUGGAGGCCUACAGAUGCUAAACAUGUUUAUGUUUUUAAUUAAUGGUCAAUUACCGUGAGACCGACAGUCUUUUGCAUGACAAUAACCGGCUGACAAAUUGUCAUGACUGCCACAGCCCUAGUUGAUUCAUGUCUGCUAACUGUGUUGUCUCUGGGUGUCUUGUCUCCACCACCCUCUUCCUCAACAGGCAUGUUCCUGGCUGACAUCAUUGAGAAGUACUUUGUAUCGCCGACCCUCUUCAGGGUCAUCCGAUUGGCUCGAAUCGGCCGCAUCCUGCGUCUGAUCAAAGGGGCCAAGGGCAUACGGACUUUACUCUUCGCCUUGAUGAUGUCCCUUCCUGCCCUGUUCAACAUCGGCCUCCUGCUCUUCCUGGUGAUGUUCAUCUUCAGCAUCUUCGGAAUGUCCAACUUCGGCUAUGUCAAACACGAGGCCGGGAUAGACGACAUGUAUAACUUUGAGACCUUCGGGAACAGCAUGAUCUGCUUGUUCAUGAUCACCACGUCUGCAGGCUGGGAUGGUCUCUUGCUCCCCAUCCUCAACUACCCUCCUGACUGCGACCCAACCCUGGAGAACCCAGGUGCACCUGCGACAGGCGACUGCGGAAACCCCUCAGUUGGCAUAUUUUUCUUUGUCAUGUAUAUCAUUAUUUCCUUCCUUGUCGUAGUCAAUAUGUACAUCGCCAUCAUCUUAGAGAACUUCAGUGUAGCGACAGAAGAGAGCGCUGACCCGCUCAGUGAAGACGACUUUGAGACCUUCUAUGAAAUCUGGGAGAAAUUCGACCCCGCCGCUUCCCAGUUCAUCACCUUCGCAAAACUGGGUGACUUCGCCGACACCCUGGAGCACCCUCUCCGCGUUCCCAAACCCAACACCAUCGAGCUGAUCGCCAUGGACAUGCCCAUGGUCAGCGGCGACCGCAUCCACUGCCUGGACAUCCUGUUUGCCUUCACCAAACGCGUGCUGGGUGACAGCGGGGAGCUGGACAUGCUACGCACGCAGAUGGAGGAGCGCUUCGUGCAGGCUAACCCCUCCAAGGUCUCCUACGAGCCCAUCACCACGACGCUGCGCCGGCGCCAGGAGGACGUGUCCGCACGCUGCAUCCAGAAAGCCUACCGCGCUCACCUCCUCAAACGGGGCUUCGUCUGCAAGCGCAGGCCCAAGACCAAGCUGGAGAACGGAGGGACCAACAACCUGGAGAAGAAAGAGAGCACACCCUCCACCGCCUCUCUCCCCUCCUACGACAGCGUGACCAAACCUGACAAGGAGAAACAGGAGGAGAAUGAGGCAGAGAGGAAAGAGAAGGACAGAAACCAAAAAGAGGAGCGGGAAUCAAAGUGUUAG